AUGUCACAGUUCGUCAAGACAAAAGCGCUCUACCUCGACAACGAUGGCGGCGUCGUCACAGCCUUCGUCGUGUCCUGCACCCCCUUCACGGCAGCCAGCGAGGCGCACAAAACUCUGUUCAAGACGGCCAGUGAGAACGACUUUCUCGUCGCGACAGAUCAGACGUUCUUUUACGCGCAAGGAGGCGGCCAGCCAGCGGACACUGGCACCAUGACCUCGAUGAUCACGGGAGACGCGGCCAAAUUCCACGUCACAGGCGUGCGGAAAACCACUGAGGGAACCAUCCUCCACCUGGGCUCUUUCGAGGACAGCCCCUUUGAGAAAAGCGACCUCGUCACUCAGAAAAUUGACAUGGACAAGCGUCGUCUGCAUUCCAAGAUUCACGACGCCGGUCACAUCAUCAGCUCGGCCGUUCGCAAGCUCGCAGAUGCCAUCCCUGACAUCACUGAGCUCAAGGCGCAGCACUACCCCGACUCGGCGUUUGUCGAAUUCAAAGGCUUCAUCGACGGCAAGCACAAAGCCGACAUUGAGGCAGCUGCUAACGCCUUGAUCGACGAAAAUCUGCCGAUCAAAGUGUGUUACUGGACGCAGGAGGAGCUCGUACGGGCAUGCUGGUCGGUGCCGGAGACUCUCGUCUUGCCUGAGGGAGAGCUUGCCCGCGCCGUCGACAUUGAGGGCGCAGGAGCCUACGCCUGUGGAGGCACGCACAUGGCGACGACGGGCGAGGUGGGCCAUGUCAGGAUUCGCAACAUCAAGCGCCAAAAGGGCAUCUCCAAGAUAUCAUACGAACUGGCAUAG